UUACCAAGUCAGACUUGAUAACUUAACAAGUCAGACUUCUAACUUGCUCUCUAAGAAAUACAGAAAUUUCCAAGAUACCAUCUCUAUAAGUUUCAAAUAACUGCUUCUCUUCAUGCAAAGAUCGAGCUUGAUUUGAGAUUCUGGGGAUUUGAGAAUGGGAGAAGUAAAAGUGAUUGGUGCAUCUCUAAGUCUUUUUUGCUGCAGAAUUGAAUGGGCUUUGAAGCUUAAGGGGGUAGAAUAUGAGUAUAUUGAAGAAGAUUUAAGAAACAAGAGUUCCAUUCUUCUCCAGUACAAUCCUGUGCAUAAGAAGGUUCCUGUGCUUGUGCACAAGGGAAAACCAGUUGCUGAGUCCCUUGUCAUCCUUGAGUACAUUGAUGAAACAUGGAAACAGAACCCCAUAUUGCCUGCAGAUCCUUUUGAAAAAUCUGUGGUGAGAUUCUGGUCUAGGUUUGUUGAUGAAAAGUGUGUUGUUGGAGCUUGGGCUGCUUGCUGUGCACAGGAACAUGAGAAAGAGGAAGCAAUAAAGUCUGCACAAGAAUCAUUAGGAAUUCUGGAUAAGCAGAUUGAAAGUAGGAAAUUCUUGGGAGGAGAAAAACUGGGUUUCCUAGACUUGGUGGUGGGUUCUUUACCUAACUGGCUGGAGUUCAUAGAAGAAUUAGGUGGUAUAAAGUUGGUUGAUCCAGAGAAGUUCCCAUCACUCCAUGCAUGGGCACAGAACUUUUUUGAAAUCCCAAUCAUCAAAGAGAGGACACCAAUGGCAAAAGAUCUAAUUAACUACUGCAAAACUUCUGGGCUAGCGCCUAACAAGAAGCAGGUCUAAUCUCUGCAGAAUACAAGUCUAAUAAUCGGAGAUUGUUCACAGGAGUAUACUUUUCUCUGGACAAAUAAAUUUUAGCCAAAAUGUGUACUUAUAUUUCUCUUAUUUGAUA